GCAAACGUGCCGCCAUGUCUGUUACAUUAACAUCUGUGAAGAGAGUUCAGAGUUCUCCAAACCUGUUGGCUGCAGGGCGUGAUUCGCAGUCACCAGACUCAGCAAAAGGUUUUAGAAGCGUUCGACCAAAUCUACAAGAAAAAAAAUCACCAACUCAGAGCCAGAUAACAGUGAACGGAAACUCUGGAGGCACUGUGAGUCCAAUGAGUUACUAUCAAAGGCCGUUUUCCCCUUCUGCUUACUCGCUACCAGGCUCACUCAAUUCAAGCUUGAUCAUGCAGCAUGGCCGGUCACUUGAUUCCUCGGAGGCAUACCCCCAGCAUGCCCAGUCUCUGGAUGGCAGCAUGGGCAGCUCGAUACCACUGUACAGGUCCUCUGAGGAGGAGAAGAGAGUGACAGUCAUCAAGGCGCCCCACUACCCAGGGAUCGGGCCGGUGGAUGAAUCCGGAAUCCCCACGGCAAUCAGAACGACAGUUGACAGACCGAAGGACUGGUACAAGACCAUGUUUAAGCAAAUCCACAUGGUACACAAGCCAGAUGAUGACACAGACAUGUAUAAUACUCCUUAUACAUAUAAUGCAGGCCUAUACAACUCGCCCUACAGUACUCAGUCACAUCCUGCUGCCAAGACCCAGACCUACAGACCGCUCUCCAAGAGCCACUCCGACAACGGCACCAACGCGUUUAAGGAUGCUUCGUCCCCCGUCCCUCCCCCGCCUGUUCCUCCUCCGGUUCCACCAUUUCGAGCAAGAGAUCGGUCUUCAACAGAAAAGCAUGACUGGGAUCCUCCAGACAGAAAAGUAGACACAAGGAAAUUUCGUUCUGAGCCGAGGAGUAUUUUUGAAUAUGAACCUGGGAAGUCCUCCAUUCUGCAGCAUGAGAGACCACCCCCUCUCCCAACCACUCCGACACCUGUUCCAAGGGACCCUGGCCGGAAGCCUAUUUCUAUGUCACCCUGCGGAGAAGUAACUGGUAGCCCCUCCCCUCCGCCCAGGACCAGUAUCCCCGCACCAAGCCCGUGCGCCCCGGCUCUCUCCCCGAUCCGGACUGAUCGCAUAAAUCCAGAUGACAUAGAUUUAGAAAAUGAGCCCUGGUAUAAAUUCUUUUCAGAACUGGAGUUUGGACGCCCGCCUCCCAAAAAGGCUCUGGACUAUGUUCAAGAUCACUCUCCUGGUGUUUCCAAUGAGGCCUCAUUGUAUCAAUCCUCUAUAGACAGAAGCCUGGAAAGACCCACUAGUUCUGCAAGCAUGGCCAGCGACUUUAGGAAAAGGCGGAGGAGCGAGCCUGCGGUAGGGCAGCCCAGGGGCCUGGGGGACCCAAGUGCAAGGAGCACUAGCCCAGGCCGAGCAGACCUCCCGGGAUCAAGCACCACCCUGACAAAGUCCUUCAUUAGUUCUUCUCCUUCUUCUCCGUCAAGAGCAAAAGGUGGGGACGAUAGCCAAACGUGUCCAUCCCUUUGCAGUUUCUCAGGGCUCAAUGGCCACCGCUCCCACGAGUUAGAUUACUGUAAUACAUACAGACAGCAUCUGGAUGUCCCACAAGACUCGCAGAGGGCCAUUACUUUCAAAAACGGCUGGCAGAUGGCCCGGCAAAAUGCAGAGGUCUGGAGCAGCACUGAAGAAACCGUCUCCCCCAAAAUCAAAUCCCGUAGUUGCGACGACCUUUUAAAUGAUGACUGCGACAGCUUGCCUGACCCGAAAACCAAGUCGGAAAGUAUGGGUUCUCUGUUAUGCGAGGAGGACCCCAAGGAGAGCUGCCCCGUGACGUGGGCUUCCCCCUACAUCCAGGAGGGCCGCAGUAACGGCAGGUCAAGGCUCCGACACAGGUCGGCCCACGACGCCCCGGGCUUCCUAAAGAUGUACAAGAAAAUGCACCGCAUCAACCGCAAGGAUCUGAUGAACUCCGAGGUCAUCUGCUCCGUCAAGUCGAGAAUAAUGCAGUAUGAGAAGGAACAGCAACACAAAGGGCUGCUCCACGGAUGGAGCCAGUCCUCCACGGAGGAGGUGCCCAGGGACAUGGUCCCCACCCGCAUUUCUGAAUUUGAAAAGCUGAUUCAGAAGUCGAAGUCCAUGCCAAAUUUGGGAGAUGAAAUGUUAUCUCCGGUAACCCUAGAGCCGCAACAGAAUGGUUUAUGUCCCCAAAGGCGGUUUUCCAUUGAGUCUUUGCUGGAGGAAGAGAAUCAAGGUAGACACCCUUCUCAGGUACCGCGAAGCUACAAGUCUAAAGCCCUGGUGCCCAUCCACAUUGAAGUCACCAGUGACGAUCAACCGAGAACCCACGUGGAGUUUUCUGAUAGUGACCAGGACGGAGUUGUGUCUGACCACAGUGAUUACAUUCACGUUGAAGGAUCGUCCUUUUGCAGCGAGAGUGAUUUUGAUCACUUCUCUUUCACAUCUUCUGAGAGUUUCUAUGGAUCCAGCCACCAUCAUCACCACCAUCACCACCACCAUCACCGGCACCUCAUCAGCUCCUGCAAAGGCAGAUGCCCUGCCUCCUACACUCGAUUUACCACGAUGUUAAAACACGAAAGAGCCAAACAUGAAAACAUUGAUGAGCCCAGAAGACAAGAAAUGGACCCUGGCCUUUCUAAAUUGGCAUUUCUAGUCAGUCCUGUGCCUUUCCGGAGGAAAAAAAAUUCAACUCCCAAAAAACAGAUGGAAAAGGCAAAAUGUAAGACGUCUGUGUUUGAGGCUCUGGACUCUGCCCUUAAAGACAUUUGUGACCAAAUUAAGGCUGAAAAGAGAAGGGGAAGUUUGCCAGAUAACAGUAUAUUGCACCGUCUUAUCAGUGAACUGCUGCCAGAUAUUCCUGAAAGGAAUUCAUCGCUCAAAGCCCUAAAAAGGAGCCCCAUGCACCAGCCUUUUCACCCACUGCCUCAAGAAGGUGCUAUUCAUUGUCCGUCGUACCAGAACGAUUGUGGGAGAAUGCCUCACAGUGCCUCCUUCCAAGACGACACCAACAACAACUACCACCACCAAGAUCACACCAGUGCACUGCACCUCCAAGACCAUGAGUCCCCUAGGAGUUACUCGGCCACACUGACUGAUCUUGGAAGGACCGCACCCAGGGAAAGAAGAGGAACUCCAGAAAAAGAGAAACUGCCUGCAAAAGCUGUUUACGAUUUUAAGGCUCAGACAUCCAAGGAGCUGUCAUUUAAGAAAGGAGAUACUGUCUACAUCCUCAGGAAAAUUGACCAAAACUGGUAUGAGGGAGAGCAUCACGGGAGAGUGGGCAUUUUCCCAAUCUCAUAUGUAGAGAAACUCACACCUCCUGAAAAAGCACAGCCUGCAAGACCACCUCCCCCAGCCCAGCCUGGUGAAAUCGGAGAAGCUAUCGCCAAAUAUAAUUUCAGUGCUGACACCAAUGUGGAGCUAUCGCUGAGAAAGGGAGAUAGAAUUAUUCUUCUUAAAAGAGUUGAUCAAAACUGGUAUGAAGGUAAAAUUCCAGGAACCAACAGACAAGGCAUCUUCCCUGUUUCCUACGUAGAAGUUGUCAAGAAGAAUACAACCAAAGGUGCUGAGGACUAUCCCGAACUUCCAAUACCCCACAGCUAUUCCAGUGAUAGGAUCCACAGCUUAAGUUCAAAUAAGCCACAGCGUCCUGUGUUUACUCAUGAAAACAUUCAAGGUGGGGGGGAACCGUUUCAGGCUCUGUAUAACUAUACUCCUAGGAAUGAAGAUGAGCUGGAGCUCAGAGAAAGUGAUGUCAUUGAUGUGAUGGAAAAAUGUGAUGAUGGAUGGUUUGUGGGAACCUCUAGAAGAACCAAAUUCUUUGGUACUUUUCCCGGAAACUAUGUCAAGAGGCUGUGAAUCACUCUCCUGGUUAUUUAUGCCGCAUUUCAGCAGCGCAUCUGCAUAACCUUGCCUGAGAGAUCCCGCAGGCCUCCUGCUGUAAUGCCUUCCAUUUCCAACAGAAGUCACCCACCGUCACCGUCUCCACCUGCCACCAAACCACCAGCAACUGAACUGCCACGCCUUGGGGAGAUGGGCGGAUUAGCCUCCAUGUGAACGUGCAUAUUCCUGCUUUAGAGCUUUCUGCUCUAAACUUGGAAAAGUGGAUCUGUGGC